AGCAGACCUGAGACCUUCAUGAUUCCUAGUCUGUACAAGUUCUGUAUUGAUACAUACCCUUGGUGGCGGCAUAGGGGAGGACUUUUAAGCUAGGGUUGGCUAUGAAGCAUGAGAAUCUGGCCCAUGCUUAUAAUCCCAAUCUCUGAAGAUUGGUUGUACCAGCAACCUGGAGGGUGUGAACGUGACAUUGGGAUACUUGCAGAGACUCCCGUGCAUUGGACCAGCGGCCACGACUGCGGUGGCACAUUGCCCCCUCUUUGUUCUUGUAACAAAGGACCCGCUCUGAGUUCAACUGUAGGCGUCUCGUUGCAUUUCUGCGCUUGUCCCCACCCAGCGGUCCUAGGAGCCAGAGAAAUGAUUUUCUGGCACCGCCGCAUGCUGUCUGCUCAAUGAGACUGUUCACAACAAUCCUACUAGGAGAGACGCGUGUGAUGCGCUUUGCAAAUGGAUGCUGCCAUGCCCAGAAGCAGCAAGGAUGCUUCUACACCGGGGCCUCUAGAAGCGGCGCUCGGUAAGGGUAUGCCUGGUGCAUCCCCCCUGCACGAGAAUGGCCACUCUGAAGGGGCUGCCGAGGGACCGGAAGGAAGUGCCUCAAAGGGAAAUGCUUCCGUACCUCACAGCAUUGUGCAGUCGCAGACGGGCACCGGACGAGCGUCGGGCGACCGAGAAGGUGUGGGGGCGAUGGUCGUGCACUCGGAGCCGACGGGGUACGUCUUCAUCCAAACGGUGGACGGAGACAUCGAGAAGGUGGAGAAGGACGUCGCGUUGCUCUCGCCAUACGUCCACCGCGAGGUGAACCGCCAUGGGCGGGGCUACAGCCGCGACUCCCCGGUGGCGCUUCCCAAGCAAGUCAGCCCCGCGGUGCUUAAGCUUAUCCUCGAGUACUGCCGCUUCCAUCGCGUCUCGGGGCGCUCGGACAAGGAGCGCAAGAUCUUUGACGAAAAGUUCAUCCGGCUGGACACGCGCGUGCUGUGCGAGCUGACGUCAGCGGCAGACAGCCUGGACAUGAAGCCGCUGGUGGACCUCACGAGCCGUGCGCUUGCGCGCAUGAUUGAGGGGAAGACGCCUGAGGAGAUUCGCGAAACGUUCCACCUUCCGGACGACCUCACAGAAGAGGAGAAGCUUGAGCCUGUGAAGAACGCGACCGACGACCCCCGCAUACGGCUGCUGAACCGGCUAUAUGCACGGAAGCGGAAGGAGCUGCAGGACAAGAAAAUGACCAAGCAAGAGAUCCAGGACGCUGCUGGCAGCAAGAAGGACAACCGUUCGGUGGAGGCCCUGCUGCAGUUCAUCGAUGGCAGCGCGGGUGGGAAAAAGUCCAAGUCGAAAAAGAAGAAGAAGAAGGGCAAGAAGGAAGAAGCGGAUGACCACGUUUCUGAAGAUGGGUCUGCUCGGGGUGCCGUCAGAGCCCCGUCCGAGGAAAAUGACGAUGCAUCCGUUGAGGCCGAGGAGCUGGUGUCCCCCCGGACCCCGCCCCCCGUGGGCAGUCAAAGGCAGAGUGGACAGCGAGGGCACUCGCGGCUGGGGUCGUGGCUGGGAAAGAGCGCGGGGCAAGACGGGCUGCUGCCGGAGCAAGAGGGCGACGGCGACGAGCUGGCGGCGGGGAAAAAGGACGCCCUGGAAAGCCCCCGCGCCCUUGCCUCCUCAGACUGGACUGAGCGCAUGCAAGAGAUUCUGGCACUUGCCUCAUCCAGCCAAGACCGGCUCCAAGCCUCUCUUGGGGGGGGUACGAUGCCACCCCCGGCGACCCCCCCGGCGCGGCGACGGGCCCCUGGAGACGAGGACCCGAUCCAGGCCAAGCUGCGCACAAUUCAAGAGCUGCAUGAGCAGCUGCGCGGGAGCCGAAGCCCUUCGGGGGGGUCGGAGGAGCGCCCGGAGGAACCCCCUGAAAAGGAGGAAAACGGUUUAGCCGAUGUUGUCGUGGCUGCGGCAGCUGCAGCAGCGGAGGCAGCGGCGGCGGCGGCGGCCGCGGCUCGGGACGCCGCGGCGCGGUGUCGGAGUGGGGGGGAGCGGACUGGGCUGGAGUCGGGGGGGGGUGAGGGUGCGGGGGCGCGGCUCGGCAGGCAAACUAGCAUGGGGAGCGAAAGGACGUCCGAAGGGGGAGUAACCCCGGUGGUUGAGCGAAGCAGGAGUGCGGACGGGGCAAGAGCGGGGACGGGGGAGCUGGCGCGUGAGGAGGUGAGUCGAAGAGAGGGGGGGGUGCCGAAAGGAAAAGGCGCUUCGGAAGAUAGCGGGUCCGUGGAGGCCGGGUUGGCAUCGCACAAUAGAGCGGAGGCUGACAGUAGAGCGGAAAGCGGCACCCAAGCGGGAACGCAGAACCGGGAGGAGACCCGACAAGGAGCGGAGACUGAACGCGGAGCAGAGGAAGAAAGCCAAGCUGGAAAUCAAAAGCGAGCGGAGACCCGGACCCGAGCGGAAAACGGGUCGGCACGCCACCGGUCGCACCAGCCAUGGACGGGGAUCGCGCUCUUGGAGGCCCAACAAACGGCGGCGUUUUUGCAGUCGUUUAUCCGGCGGGUGGGCUUCGACCCGAUCGUAGACGUGGGGAUGCGGGGGGGCGUGCCAGGUGUCGAGCUGGAGGACGACCACGUGGCGGAGCAGUGGGCACCCGACGGGCGGCAAAUGAGCAUGUGCGUGCGGCUGGCAUCGGGAAGCAUCGUGUCGAUCGCGGUGGCAAAGCCGCCACCUCCCGAAAGGGUGGGUCAGCACGGUUCUUAACCGUGGACUGCAUUUCGCGUUGAGAGGAAGAUACUAAAGACUCAAAAUUUUAGGCCUUCGUUAGUCACUAUGCGGGAAGGGUAACUGCUUGUGUGACAGCUUCUUGCAGACCAAAGAUGUGGAUCUGGUUGCUUAUAUCAAAAGUAGCGCAGGACAGUGCAGAGGAAGGUCUGCAGCAAUUGUUGAUUGAUCGGUUUGUCUGAUCUAGAAAUCUAGCCGGAGGACCCUCACUGAAGAGUAUUCAGAGCGUUGAAAUUGAUCCUGAUAGCCGCGCAUGAUUCAGACGUAGGCCCAGGCAUCGUGAGAGGAAUUCUUACGAUAAAGGGAAAGACUGAAGUUUGUUCCACACACCGUAUGACUCGCAUAUGGUCCAGGGCGGCCCGGAGACUCAGAUACCGCUAGACAAAUGCACGAUUACUCAACGGCCU